AUGAUCAGCUUUGCCUCGGACGUCCAAGCCUAUGCUCUGGCCCUGCCCAAGGACGUCCAGGCUAGGCUCGGGGCCGAGCUCCGAAGCAAGCUGACAGGCUUGGAACCCCUUGGGGGAGAGGGAGGAUUCGGAACUGGAGAGAGCAGGGAGGAGCAGAGGGAGGGGGCAGGGAAGGAGGGUGGGAAAGAAGAGGGGGAGAAAGAGGGGGGAAAUGAGGAGAGUGAGAGUGAGAGGAGGGAGGGGGAGGGGACGAGGGAGAUGAGGAGGAGGCUGCGGAGGAUAAUAAGUGUGGAGCAGGUGGAUGGGGCCAUGGGUAACUGGCGCACACUGGAUGACCAUGUGCUCAAUUCCCCAUCCCAAUUCCCAUCCGCUCAAUCCCCUUCCCCAUCCCCUUCGCCAUCCCCUUUCCCAUCCCCUUCCCCAUCCCCUUCCCCAUCCCCUUCCGCAUCCCCUUCCCCAUCCCCUUCCCCAUCCCCUUCCCCAUCCCCUUCCCCAUCCCCUUCCGCAUCCCCUUCCCCGUCCCCACCCCUCGUCGUCACGUCACCCACCCCUCGUCGUCACCCACCCCUCGUCGUCACCCACCCCUCGUCGUCACCCACCCCUGGCUGUCCAUCCCCUCCAGCUCUCGUUGCUCGCGCACAGCACUGUGUGCGUCUCUUCCUGGAAGCUUCCCCGCUCUCUGCCGCCCUGGACCCCCGGGAGAAGGGCCAUGCAGACGAGCUGCUGCCCGUUGCUGCCUCCUGCCUCGUGGAGGUGUACCGGCGGCGCCAGCCAGAAGGCGUGGGCUAUCUCAUUGAGGCAGUCCUGGUCCUCACCUACGGCGUCUCCCUGCGCCCCUUCAGCCCGCUGUUCAACACCAUGCUCGUCAGCCUCUAUGGCCUCCUGGGGUGCCCCUCCCUCGCCCUCGCCAGCUUUCAGCGGUUGAACGCCAAGCACAUACAGCUGGACACGCUGACUCACCUCGUGCUGCCGUACCUGCACCAAUCGGCUUCGCUCGCUGACGUCAGCGCGCUGCACGCUGAUAUGCGCGCCUUUUUCAAUGACCACGUGUGGAGGGACAACGCUGACGUCAGCAUGGAGGCUCUGAGGAAAGGCACCUUUUCAAAGAUACGUGAGUUCGCAGCCUUCCACCAUCGCCUAAGUCACUCCCAUCAGCGCCUCCUCCUCUCGCCCAACUCCCUCCUCCUCUCCCUCCCCCUCGCCCUCCUCCCCCCCUCCUCCCACCCCUCAGCCCUCACCUCAUCUAUCCAAACCACUCAAUCCGCCUCGGCAGCCCCGAACCAGGCAAACUCUUCCGAGCCUGUGGUGCAGGUCCGGGAGUUGUUGCGGGCAGCAGGAGGCGGGCGGGAGGAGGUUCGGCAGGUGGUUGCGGAACAGCUGGGUUUGGUUCGGCUGAACGAGGACUGGGGUGUGAGGCCCUGGUGGGACCCGCUGCCUCUUCCCUUCACCAGUCUGCUUGGGUCGUGUGCAAAAGGCCAAUCACCGCCUGACAGCUGGACCAGCCUCGAGUCGCCACACAAGGUGAGCGAGCAGCCGUGCUUGGGAGCAUGA